AUGAGGGCGUUGCUCGCUGGCAGCACGGCGGGGGGGGCGUCACUGGCAGCAGGCCGGGCCGUCGCGCCGCCACGGCGAGCGCGGGCCGCGCUCGCCGUGCGGGCGAUAGCCGUGCCGGGCCCCCUCUUCAUUAGCGACUUUGACCGCGACCGCCUGAGGGACAGCAAGACGCAGCUUCAGGGCAACUUCCUUCAGUUCCCCAUGAGGGAAGAUGCGGGCGACCUGCGCAAGACGCCGCCGCUCGUCAGGGUGCGGCUAGCUGUGGAGUACCGCGUGCACUCCCGCCAGAUGCUGUGCGUGGGCGGCAACCAGAUCCCCUUUGGCUGGUCCUUCCUGUCGAUCGCCAAGGUGCCGGCCUCCUGGAACCCGGGCGACAUCUGGGCGGUGGAGGUGGAGCUGCCCGCCGGUACCAAGGUGGAGUACAAGUAUGUGAUUCUGGAGGAGCAGGACUGGACACAGCAGGUGAAUGAGCUGUCGGAGGGGAAGGUGGAGUACACGUACCGCAUCGAGCCCGACUCCAGCCCUCCCGACGUUCAGAAGAUCACAAAGCAGAUGGCGAUAGUGGCGUGGCAGCCGGGGCCCAACCGCGUGCUGCAAGUGCCGAGCGAGGAGGAGCUUGCGCAGCUGAGGCCUGGGGAAAGGAUAGAGCGGGAGCCGCCGCCGCUGCCGCCCACCGCCGGCCAGCGCAGCUACGGGCAGCAGGCGCUGGGCAAGCUUCUCGGGCAGGCGGCGCCGGCGGAGCCGGCCAGCACGGCGGGCGGCGGCGGCGCCGCGCCCGGCGCCGGCAGCACGGCGCGGCAGCAGGAGCUGUCUGGGGUGUGGGAGGUGUUGACGUUAGACGACGAUGGGCGGCCCUUCCUGGACCGGCGCGACGUGUGGGGCCGGGAGGAGCAGCCACAGCGCUCUGUGCGCCGCCCACUGUUUGGCCCCUAGGCGCCGCCCCACCCCACACACACCCUUGCAGCACGGCGCCCGUCCGGCCGGCGCCCCGCCUUGUGAAGCCCUCUGGCUGCGGCUGUUGCGGCUCCCGGCUUGUGAACCCCGUGCACCCUCGCCUCCCUCUUGCCUCCUCCCUUGCUUGCUUGCUUGCUUGCUUGGUUCAGCUGCGCUCCUGCCCUGGCGCUGAAGCUGCCCCCCGCACGAUUUGUGCGCUGUGGCCCCUCACGAGCGCCCAGGCCCCCCCAGCAGAUCCUCUUCUUGAACCCCCCCGCUCCCGCUCUCCCUCUUCCCGUCCCUGCCUGACGCUACGCUGUUUUUUCCCUCCCCUCGCCGCCCCUCCCCGCACGCCGCCUGGUGCUCAGCUUGCAGCCAAGGGCCGCCGCCGCGCGGGCUCCCCGCCGCCCGGGGUGGCGCUGCCUUGCCUGCCUCCGCACCACAGCUUGUGCGCCAGGCGUGCCCCCCAGACGUGCAUGCGCCGGCGCUGCACCCCGGCCUCCCACCAUGCCUGUCUCUGCUCUCCCGUGCCCCCUCCGAGCUUCUGUGCCGGUAUGGGUGCCCGCAUCGGCGGCCCUGGUGCGGCUGUCUCCCCCUCUCCACCUUGCCUACCCGCCCCCGUCUCCACCUGUCCCUAUCCCGUCUAUGUUCCCUGUCAAAAAUUCUCUUGUCAGCUGCUUUGUGUGGCUCGUCCCCUCCUCAACCCACCCUGUGCGUCCCCAAUGCUUGCGGGCGGCUGCUGUGCAAUCAACCGUGCCCAACAACCCCGCCCGCUCCCAGCUUUGCUCUGCUUGAACCAAACCGCACUGCUGCUCCUCUUGCCGUUUGAACAAACACAACGCAACGCAACGCACUUGCGCAGGGAGUGUCGACGGUGCCAUAAAACCCUGGCCCCCGUCCUCCCGCGCAUUUCCAUUCUUUCCACACUACCCCUUCUUUCUUUAUCAGACCACGAAGAUACUGCCGGUGCCUGUUGUGCAUCCUACAGAGGUGCCUCUGUACCGAUCUGCU